CGUUUACAGAUGGCAUGCGCAAACAGAAACAGGAAGUAGCUGUGCAGAGUUCGAGAAAAAUGUCCUGACGUAGUCCCGAAUAUAUUUUCUCUAAAAAGUGAUUCACUUCAACGAAUUUGUGAUUAGAAAUCGUAUCAAACUUAAAUUAAACGGUUAUUUCAUAAACAUAGCUAGUUACCCAAUGACAUUGCAAUGUCUAGUAGAAAGAGAUCGCGAGACUCGGAGGACAGAGGAGACCGCAAAAGGCACAAGGAAUCAAAACACGAUGUAGAAAAACUCAAGAAACAAGCGAGAAAACUCAACCAAGAAGUGCAAAAGCUGAAGCAUUUGGAGACCUUUUAUGAAAAACCUCCUCCUGGACUCAUAAAGGCGGAGGAGUACAAACCAGAGGACUGUAUUCCUGCUGAUCCAGGAAAUGAGGAUGCUAGGGACUUCCUGGCUCACGCCCCCACCAAGGGGCUGUGGAUGCCUCUGGGGAAGGAGGUGAAAGUGAUGCAGUGUUGGAGAUGCAAGCGCUAUGGACACAGGACAGGGGACAGAGAGUGUCCCUUCUUCAUCAAAGGAAACCAGAAACUGGAGCAGUUCAGAGUGGCACACGAAGACCCAAUGUACGACCUGAUCCGAGAAAACAAACGCAAUGAAAAAGAAACAAGGAUCCAGCAGCUGCAGCAACUCCUGCAGGACACCACCUCCUCCGACUCGGACAGCUCCUCCUCUUCCUCCUCCACCGGCGACCGCAAGAAGAGGAAACACAAGAAGAAGGGCAAAAAGAAGGACAAGAAGAAGAGGAAGAAGAGGAGGAAGCACAAGUCCUCCAAAACCAGUGACUGUUCUGAGACCGAUUGAGCCAUAGGAACCUACCUGGAUUGUUCUAGCAGGGAGAUGGCUGCACUGCAGUGUCUAUCAGUCAGUGAGCAGCUAUGGUGGUUCUUACCCAUUGGCUCAGGGUCGCUUCAAUGGCACACUACAAAGUGCACACUAGAGGACCAUUUUUGGUUCAGUAUUCUUCCCUCCAUCUGAGCCUUUAAAUAAUGCAUGACUUGUCCCAUCCCUCAUAUGGUUGAUGCCUCUAUUCCAUUAGAUCAUACAGAAUAAGAUUCUAUGGAUCCGCAGUGCUGAUUGUGAAUGUAGGGCCCCUCAGGCGAGGAUCUCAGAAAGCCCUUACAGCAUGGGUAAUGACAUGGCUGGCUCAGGGGGGCUUGAGCCAGCCAGAAGAGUUGAAAUCAGUUUGUAGCUGUUAUGAAGGAUGUUGGCUUGAUGAAUCAGAUCCGAAUGAAAACGGGACAAAACAGAGCAUGUUGUUAGAGAUGGUUUUGCUUUGUAUUUAGCUUGAUUGUAGACCUGUUGUUUGACAAAAACAGUGGGGAAAAUUGCAGCACAUAUUUUUUCCAUAUUUGUUUUCUUCCAUAUGACGCGGAUGGAUGUUUGAAGGCUUAUUACUGUACAUACAUAUUUGGAAUAAAUUGAGGUUGGAAUUUACAUAUUUUAUUUAAAUCCAGCUUGAUGAAGGGAGAGAGAAUGUACUGUAUUUCAGUGUGUUCUCCAUGGCCAAGGAUAAAGCCUCUUACUCAUCAAAUUAAUCUUGAAGCCGCAAGUAAAAAAUACUUUCAAUUUGUCAUUAUUCAUAUUGUCUUCCAAUAUUUUUCAACUGCAUGCAUUUUGUUUGGUUCAUUAAUUGAUAGUGACAAGGACAUGACCGGCCAACACGGACAUUGGCCGUGCGCAGCGGGUGGCCGUUCUAUCACUUCUGACCACAGAACAUUGGCUGUCAUUUCCUGUUUAUAUCCCGACGAUUCUACAUGUUGAAUCGCCACCGUCCGUCAACACCCGGCGGGAGUGUAUUCAUCAUGCAAACCGGUUACCUUUUAAGAAUCAAACAGAACCAAACGGGGAGGGACCUAACUGAAUUUGUCCAAUAGAAACUCACGUUUGUUUUUUCCAUAUGAGUAAAUGUUUUGCAACAGAAUCGCCGUAAUGAUGCAACGCACGGCCAACUUUUGUGUCGGUCUUUCUUGUCCUUCAUCGAUUCUUAGAAUGACACAUCUCUAUCCACUAUAAUGUCCCAUUCAAGAAGCAACUCUGGUUAGCACUGUUUCCUUUUGAAAGGCAAAAAAAGAAGACCCUUCUCCUUUGAUCUUGAAAGACCUCAGAAAGCCCAGGGCUGGCUAGGGAGUGUGACUCACUAAUGUGCCGUUUUGUAGUCAGUACAACAACAACAAAAAAACAGACGCACUAACACACCCUGCAGAGCACAUCAAAAGAGUUCUCCACUUUGCCCCUCCCUAAUGAUAGCACACUUCUCUAAAUGAACAUCCUAUCAACUAGAGCAGGACCAGAUAUAUGCGCUGCUUAUUUUAAUGACCCCAAUAAGAGGACUGUUUAAGGAGUCCUUUGGGGGGGAGAUGUAUUUGAAUUUUGAUUAGCGUCCUAGUGGUUUCUGCAUGUAGUUAAGCCUGAAGGGGUCUAUUUGUGCGUCAGAAUGGGUUAGUGUGUGUGUGUGUGUGUGUAUUUCCUAGUAACUGAAAGCUUUAUUUGAUCUCUCUCCCCCAUCCCUCUCUUAUCCUCCUUCCCAUGGCAACUCCCUCCAUUCCUUUCUGUGGCGCUUUGGCCAAAGGCCUCCGAUAAAUCAACAGCAUUGAAACAGUGUGUCCCAGCUGCACCACGUAGCCCUCUCUCUCUCUGAGCAGAAGCAGACAUGAAUCUCCUAGAUUACUUUAACUGAGACACUGCCACUUUGGCAAAGUUAGAGCAGAGAAGCCUCUAUAUUGAACCACUCUAUCUUAUGGGGCAGGAUAAUGGGUUAGGGUCAGUUAGGAAGUAUCAGUACAGUCUUGAGAUCAGGGAAGUUAGUCUAAAGAUUAUUAGGAUACGAUCUGCCUUUUUGUUUAUGCCAUUUUUCUAUGCCACAAACUGCCAUCUCAUCAGGCCCUAACAUUGAAUGAUGGCAUAAUUGACACAGUCGACUUGACAGAUUCCAUUGGCUAUAGUUAUGCUCCGACUUGGCUCAAAGGUCCUGUGGUCAAUGACUGGGAUAGAUUUUAUUUUAUUUCAAAGUCUAAACAAUCUAUGCUGUUUAGAUGGCUCAGACAAAUUAUUGUGGCUAUUAAAAAGAGAAUUCAAAUAUUUGUACAAAUUUUAACUAUCAUAUGAUAGCUCAUAUCAAUCAAAUACAUCAUGCAACACCACUUAAUGCUGAUCAUAUUACAUGGCUUCAUUCAUUUUGACCUAGCCGUGAUCUCGUACUAGAGAGAAAUCCACGGGAUUCAGUCAUACAGACGGGUUCCUUAGGAUGGGUGUUUGGACACUAUUAGCCCAGAUUAUAUUCUAGACAGACAGUAGGCACAUGGCCCUGUAUUAAUCAUGUUGAUAUACUGUGGAGAGGAGAGCUGUUUGAGCCUGGCACAGUGGCAACAGUUCAGAUCACUCACUCUUAGAUGUCUUUCUCUCUUCUGCUGGGUAGCUUAGAUAUUGGAACCAGUAGGUGUAGCUAUAUGACAUGAAUUUAAUUAAGUCUGGUAUUGACUGUACUGUACUCUAGCUUUUGUAUGAUUGUCUAUUACUCCCAUCUAUAUACUGUCUGUUUCCAUCUAUUGUGAAAUGUGACCUAGGGAGAAGCUAUGUCCCAACGGUAUCAGAUUUGAAUGUUCAAUAUUAUUUUUAUUUUAAGGAGGUCUUACCCAAUCAAAGUUAGUUUCCCCCUCUUAUUUCAAAUAAAGGUAUCUUAUGGUAGACUACAAUGUUAUAGGCCUAACCCCCACCCCCAUAUGCUGUCUUUGAUAUAUUAUGUAUUAAUUAAUCGAUAGCUAUGAAAUAUUAAACGCUUAUCCCGAGGUUCAAGCAUGACAUUAUUCAUUUGCUAUCAUAAUAAUUGCCACACAUCAACGGGGAGUGUCCUGUCGUCCCAUUCAAUUGUUCAACUGUUUGUUGUGUUUUAAUUGGUCGACGUCCUUCGCAUCGCUGCUCGAGCCUCGGAGGAGAGAGGAGCCAGCCAACAGAAGGCGAAGAAAGAGGAAGUGAAAACAUCAGCACGAUCUAGCGCGCAGAAGAGGGACAGAAAACACAGAACUGACUGUCUAUCUGUGACACAAACUCCGAACAUCAGCGCAUUGGCACAGGAUAAGUCCCCGCGCUUUGCCAGCAACAUCUGUGGAAGUUGGCUAACCCCUUACACACACACACUCGUGCCUGCUUGGUGGGACCGACUGCAGCAUGUAGAUGGGUGGUGGGAGGUUUGGAUGAGAGCUCUUCAGCAGUGAGACAGUGAGAGGCACCUCCACACCCCCUCCACCGCCAUCAUGCCACCGCCCUCCGAUAUCGUCAAGGUGGCCAUCGAGUGGCCGGGGGCCUUCCCCAAGCUCAUGGAGAUAGACCAG